CUCUGGUAGGUUCCAUAAUGGUACAGCCAAUAUCUUGCUGCACAAUGGUUGCAGGACUGUGAAGGGGAGUGAUUCAGCAAGUAAAAUAUCUUGAUUUGUUGUUUUAAUUUAUCCGUAUUGUGAUAUUAAUUUUUUUGCCACUCUCACGUCAGAAUGUUUUGAAAAGGACAGUCACUGGACCAGGAUUGUCGUCAGCUGGCACGGAAUGAAAACGUUUUGGAACAAAAUCACCCACUCCUGGCAAACCUUUUUAAACGUUAGGCUUCUAGGUAUUUAUGAGCCAUCAUUUCUUGUAUUACUUCAGUGAACCUAUCCUGGAUGUGAAGAUUGCCUUUUGUCAGGUGUGUGUUCCAUACAGGUAAACAAGGGAUUUGGUAAACAAGUGGAUGUUUCAUACAUCGCCAAACAUUACAACAUGAGCAAAAGCAAAGUGGACAACCAGUUCUACAGCGUGGAAGUGGGAGACUCUACCUUCACAGUUCUCAAACGGUACCAGAACCUCAAGCCCAUUGGUUCCGGGGCUCAGGGGAUAGUUUGUGCUGGAUAUGAUGCUGUCCUUGAUAGAAAUGUGGCCAUUAAAAAGCUCAGUAGACCAUUUCAGAACCAAACCCACGCCAAACGGGCAUACAGGGAACUUGUGCUCAUGAAAUGUGUCAACCAUAAAAAUAUAAUCAGCUUAUUAAAUGUUUUUACAUCACAGAAAUCUUUAGAAGAGUUCCAGGAUGUUUACCUGGUAAUGGAGCUGAUGGAUGCCAACCUUUGUCAAGUGAUUCAGAUGGAGCUUGACCAUGAGAGGAUGUCCUACUUACUCUACCAGAUGCUGUGUGGCAUCAAACACCUUCACUCAGCAGGCAUUAUCCACAGGGACCUGAAACCAAGCAAUAUUGUGGUGAAGUCAGAUUGUACGCUUAAAAUCCUUGACUUUGGACUGGCAAGAACUGCAGGCACAAGCUUCAUGAUGACUCCAUAUGUGGUGACUCGCUAUUACAGGGCACCUGAAGUCAUUCUGGGAAUGGGAUACAAAGAAAAUGUUGAUAUAUGGUCUGUUGGGUGCAUUAUGGGAGAAAUGGUUCGGCACAAAAUCCUCUUUCCAGGAAGGGACUACAUUGACCAGUGGAACAAGGUCAUUGAACAGCUGGGCACUCCGCUUCCAGAGUUCAUGAAGAAACUGCAGCCGACAGUGCGCAACUAUGUAGAGAAUAGACCCAAGUACGCUGGACUCACGUUCCCUAAGCUAUUCCCAGACUGCCUCUUCCCGGCAGACUCCGAACACAAUAAACUCAAAGCCAGCCAGGCCAGAGACCUUUUGUCAAAGAUGCUUAUUAUUGAUCCUGCUAAACGGAUAUCAGUUGAUGAAGCCUUACAGCACCCUUACAUUAAUGUCUGGUAUGAUCCAGCUGAGGUGGAGGCGGACGGAGAUCUCGUCAAAAUAUCCGUGCCUCCUCCGGAGAUCUAUGAUAAGCAACUUGAUGAAAGAGAACAUACCAUUGGUGAAUGGAAAGAACUAAUCUACAAAGAAGUAAUGAACUUCGAGGAGAAAACUAAAAAUGGUGUUGUGAAGGGACAGCCAUCUCCUUCAGGUGCAGCCAUGAACAGCAGUGAAAGCCUCCCUCCAUCCUCUUCCGUCAACGACAUCUCCUCCAUGUCCACUGACCAGACCCUGGCAUCUGACACUGACAGCAGCCUGGAAACUUCUGCAGGACCCCUCGGUUGUUGCAGGUGACUAGCCGCCUGCCUGCGUAACCCAGUGUUCUUCAGAAGGUGAAACGCUACAAUAAGAAAAAAUAAAUCUGCCUUCGUCUUCAUUAUGAAAUUACGACUGAAAAAUACUUCAAGCUGAAAUGUAUAUUUAUUAACUCCUAAUUGCUUUGCUUAUAUCCUUCAUAUGACAUAAAAAAGCUUAGACAGGAAACUUUCUGUAAAGUGUAAAUUAUUGGCUGAUUCCUGAUACCCUGCAAGCUGCUCUACUAAUACUGAUAUGACAAGGUGAGCAGUAUCUUUUUAGUGAUUCUGAAAACAUCUCUACCGAUGCUACCUGACCAUGUAUCUUAUUUAAAUUAUAUGUAUGACUGCAACCAAUAAUGAACUGACCCUACAAGGAUCAACAGAUUCAUGUAAGUGAUUAAGGUGGCGAAGCCUUAUCCAGAUAAGGUGAAGCCUUAUCCUAUGUAUAUAUGUAAUUCUGUACAGCUGAUAGGUAGAGAAUCUGUGGGACUAUUGGCCAGUAAAGUAAAUAACGCACACCUUGCCAUAUCAUGGCUUCAACCUUAGUUGCUCUUGCCUGUAGUUCUGCAUGAUCAAAAUGCUAAUUGUAUGAUAAAUGAACAAUACAGAUUAUGUUCAUAACCCUAAUGAGAAUGACCUGGUUGAGAACACCAGUGUUGCACCUGAGCUGCAGAGGCCAAAGCUGAAUUACUGUCAUAUAAAGAGCUUAACCUUAUUUUCCUAGUACCAUUACUGUCACACCAUUUUGCAUGUCAUGAGGUACCUUCUUAUAAUUGGAGAGCGAGAAACGAGCGACUGUAGCCUUAUGUUAGAAGUGGUGAGAAUACAGAGCCUUAUAAUGAAAGCAGAGUUAAUAUAUUUAUCUCAUUACAGUUUGUGUCUGGCUGUGCAAUGCUGCUGAUGCUGGAAAAUGCAGACUGCUGUCCUUUUCAUGUGUACUGAGUUUUUUCUCUGAUAGCUCAUUAUCCUGGAACGGGAAACGAAAGAUACAUCUGACUGCCUAAAAACAUCAAACUGGAAUGCAUGAACUCUUUUUACAGUCUUCCCAAAUUUGGCAAGUGCCUUUAAAUACAGAAUUAUUUCCAACCCAAUGGAAAAGGAAAAAGUUUAAACAAACCAAACUCCCUCACAUUGAAAACAAAAAAGUGCAAUUGCUUCAAAGAGCUUUUCUUAAUCUCCUGUUUUUCUCCUAACUGUCCUUGGUAAGCACUGCAUCCCUGCUCACGGAGGCAGUCACUGCUGGGAGAGACCGAGGCUCAGAGCAGCCGCAUGGUUUUACUUUGCCAGUGCCUGCCAGUUCUCAGUCACAGGAGAGGACUUGGUUCAGUGAUGCAGAGGCUCCAGGUUAUUCCCUGUCCUUGUAGGAACUGCUACGUGCAGGUGUAGUUAAGUGGCCACUCUCCUCCCUGCACUGCCAAACAAACCCAGCCCACAUUGCUAGGGUGUGAUCGCUUGACUUUCGAUUAUGUAACUUUCAGAAGUCCCUCCCAGAUUCUUAGGCUAUUCAUUGCAUAAUCUGCAACAUUAUUCAAGAACAAUAGAAGUAGAUGCUUGGCAGUUACGUUAACAUAUUAAAGCUAAAUGUUAAUUGUUUUAAAUAUUACAAUGAAAUAUACACUAGUCAAAAAAAGUGUUUGGGGUGGUAAUGAAACAAGCGUUGGGACCGAUUUUGACAAGCUUGGAAACCACUACAACUUGUAUGUAAUGUAGCUAAAAUAUUCUUUACUAGUGUAUAUGGCAGACAGGUUGACAAUGCUGUGGAACUCUUACAGAUCAAAAAACUAAGUUAGUGGUUGUGAAAUUCAGAAUCAGUCAAGUCAUACAGGGGUUAAUGCUUGGUUUAUUGAUAAUUUUGUAUUGAUAAUUUUAUUUAUUUAUUAUUUUUUUAAAGAUACAUAGAUGUUUUUUUUUUGCCAGAUUGGAAGGCACACCACUGUUUUGCAUGAUUGUCGUUCAAAUGAACAAGACUAUUUAAUGUCUGACAUUAAAGUCUUAAUAAGGUCUUAUUUACCUUUCCGAUGAUGGCAUGAAUUAUUUGAAAGUCACAUCCAUCCAGAGGUGUAACGCUUAAUAUCUAGUAUAUAUUGGUAUAUCAAUAUCUAUUAUGUAUCUAUUGGUACAUGGAAUUAGCCAUUCACAUAUUAGUAUUUCAUCAAAAUGCAGCAGACCUCUCCACUUAAGUGUAUGUGUAUUGCAAGCAUAGUGAAUUUCAUUUUCCAGAUCAGCAGUAGUGUGUGCACUGCAACAGCAUAUUUUGUAAAUUAAUCACAGUCAAUUCUAAUUGUUUUAGCUGAAAGUUCACAUAUUGGUUGGAUGAAUCUGAAUUUCAAAAGAUACCCAAAAUAAUCUAGUAAAGAUGAUGCAGCUAUGUUGUCCAUUGUAAGUCAGUUCAAAAGUCUUGGUCCACAGAACCACUGUUCCCGUAGGCACCUGCUUUUAGCUAGUGUGUCUAGUUAUGCUCCAUAGAGGCAUUUCUUGCCCAUGAUCACAGCAAUUUCCAAUUUAAACUGAACAUUAAAGUCUGUUAUUAGUAAAACAUCACACAAUAUUCUCAUGUUAUUCUUUGGAGUAAGACACCACUGUGUGCAGCUCAGCUGGUAAUAAGGAUAAAGACAUUGGUAACCCAGCUGUACAUGUUCUAUACAUUAUAUGUAAUGUCUGUUUACCAUUUCACUGAGAAAUGCUCACUGCAUUUUAACACUCAGGUGUGAGAGUUGAGUGUUUCUCUAUCAACUAAAAGGGUAUUUUUUGUGGUUUAACACUGCAUUCCAGGGAUCACCAUACUUUGAAACCGAGCAAUCAAUGUUGCAUGCACAGUAUUCCCAAGUUAUGAUUGUAGAUAGUACUUGCCUAGUUACUGAAUAUACUGGCCCUAUAUAUAUAUAUA